GGACAGAUCAACGAGUUUGUGAUAAUAGUACAGGAUAAUAGAAGAGUAAUAAGUAUAGAUCCUGAAUAGGCAUAAGCAUAGCAUAAGCGUAGCAUAAGCAUAAGCAUAAGGUAAGCAUAGUUAAGGCAUAGUUAAGGCAUCAAAAAAGUGCAAACAUGCAAACAUAACUAAUAAUCCAACAAAUUGAGCAGAUUAAAACUGUUCAACACAUAAAAUGAACCAAGCAUGGCAUCGAGUCGGCCUUGCGUCUGAAUUCCCCGAGAUCGAUGAGUCCUCAAGCAUUCCAGGAUGCAAAGCGUUCAGCAUCAGGCCCGGGUUUGCAGCUGCGCCGGUAGACCUUGAGCAGCCGGGCGAUCUCAAGGAGCAAGUGCUCGUCUUUAAAUACAAGGGCAAAGUCCACGCCAUUGACCAUAGAUGCCCCCAUUCGUCAUUCCCGCUGUCGCAGGGGAGCCUGUUCGACAUUGAGGACUUUGGCAUCACCCUCAGCGCGGGCAUCACCUGUCCCAAGCAUGGCUGGUCGUUCGAUCUCUUCUCCGGCGCAGGGGAUCGUGGCAAUUACCGGCUGAAGGUCUGGGAGGUGCAGCUGCGCGAGGAGGAGGUUUGGGUGCGGAAGAAACAGCGGAUUGGCUGA